CACCUGUCGAACUCUUGACGCUGUCUGUAGGUACACUAUCCCAACCACAUACGACAUCCGACGGAGAUCCUCCGCCAUAUCUCUGCCGCGCUCAACUACCACGCGGUAGCAGCACAACUUUAUCGGAGAACCGCCUGAAUAGAUACUGAGUCAUGCCUUGCAGCCUCCUCACGCUUCUGUGCCGACCACCCGGUUAGUGCAGCUCGAGACAUGCUUCGGCGAAUGACAGCUUCCCAGUCUCUUCUCUAGACGCCACCCCACGGUGCCCUUGUCAUGCCCACGUGUGGAGGCUGGAGUAGUGCGUUCCUUCAGCGGGGGUCUGCUGGUCCAUGCUCUGGAGCAUCUAUGGCCUCGAGAGUCCGGACGGAUACAGCUUCUCUCGACGGCAAUCUGGUAUAAGUCUCUAGUCCUUCCAUCUCCCCCAUUUUGAUCUCUCCGUUCCUUGUUGAGUUGCGUUAUAGCUCUAUAAGCUAUCAGUCACCAUGGGUGCCAACGACCAGCCCUCAGCGGACGUCGAGUUCAAGGCAUCUGCUAUGCAUGAAGAGAAGCUGGACCAUGAUCAGCUCGCUGAUUCAAAAGUCGACCCCCAUGGAUACCCGCUUCGCCCACAGCCCACAGAUGACCGCAUGGACCCUCUGAACUGGCCUUAUUGGAUCAAGAUGGCGGUUCUUAUCCAAGUCUCAUUCCUCGCUUUCCUUGGUCCGUUCUGCCAGGCUGUGAUCAAUAGUGCUUUCGUGCCUCUAUCGAAGGCCAUGCAUAUCAGUGUCACAGUGGCCAGCUACAACACGACAAUUGCCAUCUUGUUCGCUGGAGUAUCGCCAAUCAUAUGGUCCCCGAUUGCCAACAUCUACGGCCGAAGGCCAAUUUUUAUCGCAGUCACCGCCCUUGGAAUUGCAGCACAGUGCGCUUGCGCAGUUGCACCACAUUGGAGUGGGAUCCUGAUAGCAAGAGCAUUCGUGGGUAUCGGAACUUCGGCUGGUAUGGGUAUUGGCGCAGCUGUUGUGGCUGAUUUGUUCUUCACGCACGAAAGAGGGAAAUAUACGGGGAUCUAUAUCGUCUUCGUAACUAACGGUGCACAUCUUGCUGCUGUAGUCGGCGGCUUCACAGCCCUCAAUAAGCAUCUCGGCUGGCGCUGGUGCUACUGGGUGCCGGCUUUCAUUUUCGCCGGUACCUGGGUGGUGAUGCUCUUCUGUCUUCCAGAGACGCUCUAUCACCGCGACAACAAGACCGGUGAAUCACAUAUGCAGGGAGACCGAACCUGGUUUCAGCUUCUCACCUUCCGUGGCGUGACGGCGCAUCGAAAACUCAAGCUGUCAGAUUUCGGACAUGUCUUUGUCAUGCUCCGGUACCCAAGUGUACUUCUGCCUACAAUCUACUACUCUAUCAGCUUCGGAUUAGGCAGCGUCCUUUUCGCCGUGACUGGCGCAGCAGCCUUCGGCAGCAUCUACAAGUUCAACACCGCCCAAAUCGGCAUGGCGAUCGGGCUCAGCACCUUCAUUGGAACCUUGAUCGGCGAACUCCUCGCCGGACCGGUGUCCGACCGCAUUCUAUACAUACAAACGAAACGUAGCAAUGGCGCCUUUCGCCCAGAAGCACGCCUUCAAGCCAUCUGGCCCGGCUUCUUCUUGUGUCCAGCAGGCGUCAUCAUCGAAGGGGUGUGUCUGCAAUACAAGACCCACUGGGCUGGGCCUGUCAUCGGCAUCGGGAUUGCUGCGUUCGGCCUGCAGAUCAUUUCAACCAACAUCUUCGCCUAUUGCACGGAUUGCUACAAGCCGCAGAGUGCGGAAAUUAGUACGUUGUUGAACUUUGGACGACAGACUUUCUCCUUCACGCUGGGCUUCUAUAUGGUACCGUUCGCACAUGCAACGUCGUACGGGGUUGCUUGGAGCGUUUUGGCUAUCAUCAACGCAUGCUUGUUUACUGGUAUAGUGCUGCUUAUGUGGAGAGGCAAGCAUUGGCGGGAGAGUUUGGGAAGUCCGAAUUUUGACAAGGACUUGUAGCGAGCAUAGCGCUCGUACGUAUGCAUAUGUAGCUCGUUUGUAGUGAGGUCGUUGUACUCUGGAGAAGUAAAUUGAGGGGAGAGCUGCUUGCGGCGAUCGAGAUGCUGCCUGCACCACCGCCACAUCAUAUA